GUGGACUGGAAGGGGCGGAGGUAACAGAAGCGGCCAGUGGUGGCCGCUCGCAGUCCCCCACCCCCUCCACGUAGCUCUGGAGACAAGCGCCUGGAGAGGGCGCGAGCUCCUGGGCCAGCUGUGUUCCGAGCUCUGCACCGCUGCAUCUGCUUUGCGAGGCACCCGGCGUCCCUGCCGCGCUCAGUUCGAAGUCGGCCACCAUGGAGGCGCAGGCACAAGGUUUGUUGGAGACGGAACCAUUGCAAGGAAGAGACGAGGAUGCAGUAGCCAGUGCUGACUUCUCUAGCAUGCUCUCUGAGGAGGAGAAGGAGGAGUUGAAGGCAGAAUUAGUUCAGCUAGAAGACGAAAUUACAACAUUACGACAAGUUUUGUCAGCGAAAGAAAGGCAUCUGGUUGAGAUCAAACAAAAACUCGGCAUGAACCUGAUGAAUGAAUUAAAGCAGAACUUCAGCAAAAGCUGGCAUGACAUGCAGACCACUACUGCUUACAAGAAAACACAUGAAACCCUGAGCCAUGCAGGGCAGAAGGCGACGGCAGCUUUCAGCAAUGUGGGAACAGCCAUCAGCAAGAAGUUUGGUGACAUGAGGUCUCACUCCAUCGGUUACUCCAUUCGUCAUUCCAUAAGUAUGCCUGCUAUGAGGAAUUCUCCUACUUUCAAAUCAUUUGAGGAGAGGGUUGAGACAACUGUCACAAGCCUUAAGACGAAAGUAGGUGGGACGAACCAUGGAGGAGGCAGUUUUGAGGAGGUCCUCAGCUCUACAGCCCACGCCAGCGCCCAGAGCUCCUCGGGAGGCCCCCGGCAGGCCGAGGAGGAGGAGCUGCAGUGUUAGGUCCAGCUAGCCUGCAGUCGCACCCAGAGGCUGGCCACUGCCCAGCCCAUCUCUGCCUGCACACACCCAGAUAAGAAGACCAAAAUCUCACUGGGGAAACUUGAGGUCUUGAUGUUAUUAUUCAAAGGGCCUCUCUAGAAAGUUGAAUGGUUUCUAUCUGUAUGUGUGUUGAUGAUAGACCACUUGACCCUCACAUUUCUGUAUCGUGGAUUGCUAUCUUUUAAAAUGUCCCAACUGGAGCAGGUACAUGAUUGGUUAUAACUUGUUUGUGAAAUUCAACGUAUAUUUCCCAAACGUAUAUCUAUUAGUUAUUUGCUUUCAUUUUUGCUUGGCCUCCUUUACAAUGUGCAUGUCCUUGAAGACUGAGUGACCAGUUCUUUCAGUUGGUCAGAUCAACAGGUGGAGCUCUUUAUGACUGUCUCCAGCAGUAAGAUGACUCACUGCAAAUUUCAUCAAACUGCUUGUGAUCUCCGGCACCUACAUCAAUUAUGUAUGUUUAUUUAAGCAAUUAAAAUAAUUGAUUUUAACAAUGACA